AUGAGUCAAGCUAGAGAUGCAGCUGACCAAAACUUUGAUUACAUGUUCAAGCUUCUUAUUAUCGGAAACUCUUCAGUCGGGAAAACAUCUUUCCUUUUCCGAUAUGCAGAUGAUAGUUUCACAUCAGCUUUUGUCUCAACUGUGGGCAUCGACUUCAAAGUUAAGACAAUCUUUAGACAAGAUAAAAGAGUCAAAUUGCAAAUAUGGGAUACAGCUGGUCAGGAACGCUAUCGCACUAUAACAACAGCUUAUUACCGUGGCGCAAUGGGUUUCAUAUUGAUGUAUGACAUUACCAAUGAGGAAUCCUUUAAUGCCGUCCAGGAUUGGGUAACACAAAUCAAAACCUAUUCAUGGGAUAAUGCACAAGUUGUUCUCGUCGGGAAUAAAUGUGAUCUAGUAGACGACAGAGCUGUAUCUGUAGAUCGAGGAAGGCAUUUAGCUCAUCAACUGGGGUUGGAAUUUUUCGAGGCAUCAGCUAAAGAGAAUAUCAAUGUGAGAAAUGUUUUCGAGCGUUUAGUGGAUAUUAUAUGCGAUAAAAUGUCUGAUAACAUGGACAAUAAUCCAGCUGUUGCAGGUGGAGCAUCGAAAGGCAAUCGACUCACGGAUAAACCUCAACAACAGCAGCAACAACAACAAGGUCAGUGUCAGUGCUAA